UGAAGCAAUUUUCAUCUAGCUACUAACAUGGAACCAUCUUUCCCUAUACUCCUUUCUCUAUCGACCAUUUUGGUGGCCUUCUUCUUCCCCUGCACGCACUCCCUCGAUGCUGCACCUCCAUCUUGGAACAAUUCUGGCGCCGACCGACAGACGCUGCUCUGCCUCAAGUCUGGCCUUGCCAGCAACCUCACCACCGGAGCAUUGGCAACAUGGCAAGACGACUCCCAGAGCUUCUGUCAAUGGCAUGGUGUGACGUGCAGGACCAUGCAGAGCGCAGCGCCUCAUGUUGUCGCCCUAGACCUCAUGUCGCUGAACCUUACUGGUCAGAUCCCUCCUUGCAUUGGCAACCUCAGUUUCUUGACCAGGAUAAACAUGUCGGAUAAUAAGAUCAGCGGCAGCAUUCCUCCGGAGAUAGGCCGCCUGGCGCAACUCAGACACCUCAACCUCAGCAUCAACUCCAUUGGCGGUAUGAUCCCUGAUGAGCUGUCAAUGUGCUCCCGCCUUGAGAUCAUAAGCCUGUCAAGCAACCUCCUGGAAGGUGAGAUCCCUUCAGCUCUUGCUCAAAGUUCAUCCCUCGAACAACUUGUUCUCAGUGACAACUUUCUUCAGGGGCACAUCCCUCCCGGGUUUGCCUUGCUUCGGAACCUUUCUAUAUUAUCCUUUGCUACGAACAAACUUUCAGGCACCAUUCCUCAGUUCCUAGGAGGUAACUCACGUCUUACCAAGCUUGCUCUCAACAACAAUGCGUUCACAGGAGAAAUUCCACACUUCCUAGCGAAUUCCUCCUCGCUUGCUUACCUCAACCUUGCAUCGAACAAGCUCCAUGGAGAGAUCCCUCCCGCACUAUUCAAUAGCUCAUUGCUUUACACCUUAAAUCUCUCUUACAAUGGUUUUUCCGGGUCAAUCCCAUCCUUCUCUCAAGCAUCCUCGCCGUUGAAAUAUCUUAGCUUGACUAGCAAUAACCUUUCAGGGAGCAUACCUAGCUCACUAGGGAACUUUUCCUCCCUAUCCUUCCUAUUGCUUGCUCUGAACAACUUACAAGAGACCAUUCCAGAGAGCUUAGGUGGCCUUGCAGGUUUGCAAGUAUUAGACAUGACAUAUAACAACUUGUCUGGCACAGUUCCUCCAACUAUAUAUGCAAUCCCAUCUCUAACUUAUCUUGGCCUUGGAGCCAACCAGCUAUCUGGGAGAAUUCCAACCAACAUUGGCUAUACACUUCCGAGAAUUCAGAAGUUGGUAAUGCAAGGUAACCAGUUUGAUGGCCCAGUACCUGCUUCUUUGGCAAAUGCCUCUGACCUAAAAUACCUUGGCCUUCGCAAUAACGCAUUCGGUGGUGUCAUUCCUUCUCUGGGGUCUUUGACAAACUUGGCCACUCUAGAUCUGGGUGACAAUCUGCUUGAAGCUGGUGACUGGACUUUCUUGUCCUCACUAACAAGUUGCACCCAGUUGCAAAUGUUAUACUUGGAUAGGAAUAAUCUUCAAGGAGAGUUACCUACAUCCAUUGGCAAUCUUCCGAAAAACCUACAGUGGUUGCUUCUGAAUGAUAACCAAAUAACUGGUUUCAUACAUCCAGAUAUAGGAAACCUCAGCAGUCUCACUCUUAUUCAUAUGGAGAGAAAUUUCCUCUCAGGGAAUAUUCCUGCUACACUUGGAAAUAUUCAGUCUCUGUUUGUCCUGAAUUUAGCAGAAAACAAUUUUUCUGGAGAAGUCCCACGAUCAAUUGGAAACCUUGAGAAGCUAAGUGAACUUUAUCUGGAGAAGAACAUAUUAAGUGGGUCGAUACCUGCCAGUUUAGCAGGAUGCAGAAGCCUGACUAGACUAAACCUUUCUUGUAAUACCUUUCAUGGAAGCAUCCCUCCAAAACUGUUUUCUAUUUCCUCACUUUCUGAAGGCUUAGACUUGUCAUAUAACCAACUAACCGGACUGAUACCAUCAGAAGUUGGCAGCUUAAAUAAUCUUGAGCUCUUUAAUCUCUCCAACAACCAGCUAUCUGGAAAAAUUCCAAAUAGUCUCGGCCAGUGCCUUCACUUGGAGUCGCUUCGUUUGGAUGCAAAUUAUCUUGAAGGUAGCAUUCCUGGAUCUUUUAUGAACCUGCGAGGCAUUGUUGAGAUGGAUCUGUCGCAGAACAGCUUGUCUGGUGAAAUUCCAAGCUUCUUCGAGUCAUUCAGUUCUUUGCAGCUUCUGAAUCUGUCCUUCAACAACUUUCAAGGGCCAGUACCUACAACUGGUGUGUUUGGCAAUUCAAGUCUGGUGCUCAUCCAAGGAAACAAAAAUCUGUGCACAAAUUCUCAAAUGCUGCAACGACAACCUUGUAUUAAGUCUACAUUCAAAAGAAAAAGGAGUUCAUAUGUACUAAUGGUGGUGGUUCCUAUUGUUACCGUUGUUCUAGUCUCACUCAUAUGUGCCAUAGCCAUUGUACACAGAAAGCGGGAAGCAACUAAACAACCGAUCAACCAGCAUUCCGAGGGGUGGAAAAGAUUUUCAUAUCAUGAUCUAUACAAGGCAACAGGUGGUUUCUCUUCUAUUAACCUGGUUGGAGUGGGAGGGUGUGGAUCUGUCUAUAGAGGUACAUUCUUGGCUGAACCACGCAUAGCUGCAGUCAAGGUGUUCAGGCUUGAUCAAGAUGGAGCAUCAAAAAGUUUCAUUGCUGAGUGUGAGGCCCUGAAAAACACACGCCAUCGAAAUCUCGUAAGGGCGAUAAGCAUGUGUUCUACAUUUGAUCCAUCAGGAAAUGAGUUCAAAGCUCUAGUUCUUGAGCACAUGUCAAAUGGUAGCCUAGAAAGUUGGCUUCAUCCAGUAACAGAAAAUCAUGGCUCAAAAAGGCCACUGAAUCUUGGGUUAAGGAUAAGAAUUGCGACAGACAUAGCUGCUGCCUUGGACUAUCUCCAUAACAGAUGCAUGCCUCCUUUGAUCCAUUGUGAUCUAAAGCCAAGCAAUGUCCUUUUGGACGAUGACAUGUGUGCUCGUGUUGGUGACUUUGGAUUAGCAAAGUAUCUUUAUGACCAUCCAUCCAAAAGCUUGAUAGGGGCAAGAGGAUCAAUUGGAUACAUUGCACCAGAGUAUGGCAUGGGUAGCAAAAUGUCUACUGAGGGGGAUGUCUACAGCUAUGGAAUUAUUCUGCUAGAAAUGCUGAUCGGAAAGAACCCAACAGAUAAGAUGUUUAAGGAUGGACAUGGUCUCCACAAGUUUGUGGAACUGGCAUUUCCUCACAAGAUUGGUGAUAUUCUAGAGCCCAAUCUUAUUCCACAAUACCAGGGCGAACACACAAGUAAACCUUCAGGCCAUGGGACACAUGUAAUGGUCGGCAUGCAAGAAUGUACAAUGCAACUGGUGAAACUAGGUCUAAAAUGCUCUGUGGAUUCACCAAAAGACCGACCAACUAUGCAAGAAGUUUAUACUGAAGUCAUGUCAAUCAAAGAAACAUUUUUAGGACUACAUGAGCGAACAAAUGAAAUUUCUGUAAUUCGUUUGCUCGAAUAAAAUCCAUGGAAAUUUCCAUCUGUAAGUACAUUCAGCAGUUUUACUCUAAUUUGUAUGUUUACACUGCUUGUGGGACCUGUGGCUUUGAGUUCAAGGGAAAUGUCAGGAAGAAAAAGUUGAAUAAACUAACUAUUUCGUA